AUGGCAGACGCAGAACAGCAGUACCAGCUUUCUCAAGAGCAGAUUGAUUUCUUCGUGGAAAACGGAUGGCUCAAGUUAAGCAACUGCUUCUCCAAGGAGCAAGCAGCUGAGCUGCAGUCGACGCUUUGGACCAGGCUCGGGAUGGACGAGCACGACAUGUCGACAUGGCACACCGAACGCACCAACAUGCCCCACUGGAAGAAAUUCCAGGUCGAAGAGUUUGCUCCACGCGUCUGGAGCGGAAUCUGCGGUCUUCUAGGCGGCUCGCACAAGAUCGACGCCAACAACGCAGUCAGCACCUGGACGGACGGUUUCAUUGUGAAUCUUGGCACCCCGGAGAAACACAACAAGCUGGUCAGGCCGCAAGAGCUGGACAACUGGCACGUCGACGGCGACUUUUUCGUCCACUAUCUCGACUCGCCUGAGCAAGCGCUGCUCGUGAUUCCUUUGUGGACAGACAUCGUUCCCGGCGGCGGGGGCACGAUGAUUUGUCCGGCCGCGAUCCCUCACAUUGCCAAGCACCUGUAUGAAAACCCCGAGGGAGUGAGCCCGCGCAUGACACCACGGAGCGAGAACCCCGAGUUCACGCAAGAGCAGGGGCUGCAGUGGUACAUUGAUCUAGCCAAGACGAUGAAAGACGAGGACUUUGUGGAAGUCACAGGUGUGGUAGGAGAUGUGUUCUUACUGCACCCAUUCAUGCUGCACAGCGCGAGUAACAACAUGUUGAGGAAGGUGCGGGUCAUCACCAAUCCGCCGGUCAGCGUCAAGGAUCCAUUUGUGUUUGACAGGGAGGAUGGUGAUUACAGCGCGGUGGAGCGCAAGACCCUGCGAGCGCUGGGCAAAGACACACUAGUAGGAUGGAAGAUUGAAGCUGAGAGGCAGAUGAUCGUGCCGGAGAGGGUCAAGAUCCAGGAGAGGAUGAAAAAAGAGGAGGAGGAGAGGUUGAAGAAGUUGAAAGAGAGGAAGGAGAGUGCGGAAGUCUCGAAACAGGUACCUACUGUUGCUUAG